ACAACCAGUAGGCUACGGUGAAAGAGGAAAUUAAUUUUUCAAGUGUGACCCACAUAAUGACGAUGGAUGGAAGUGGCUGGGCUUGUUUGAACAUUAAUUUUUAGAGUGCAGUACCACCAGUGCCUGUUUUACUGCGAAAACACUGCUAAACCAGCGAGAACAGAAAAGGGAGGGAGUGUCUAUUUCUCGGGUGGUUUAUUGCACUGAAGCCUCUAUCCAUCUCUCUCCAUCUCUCAGCCUUCCCAGAAAAGACGCCGACGGAGAGAAGGGAGAAUCGGACCGCGUGAGGAUAGGAAAGACAAAGUCCGAGCCGGUAGUCAACCCCAGGGGAAGAGCCUCUGGCUGGGCUUUGCGGACUUUGCUCUACCCCCUAUCUUUCCACCUAGUUCACUGGAUCUCCUGACAACACCACUUUCUCAGCUCUUCCCCAAGACACGGCUCUAUACCCCGGGGUGGUCACCCUGUCCAUCUCCAUCUCUGGUUCCCUAGACCCACUUCACCCUCACCUCUCCCCCAGCAACCCUUCCCUGGGCUGAGAUAGAGAUGUCUGUGCCCUCGGCCCAUGAGUUUCACUGGCAGAGCCUGGCACGGCUGCCCAGCGGGCGUGUCUACCACUCCCUGGCGGAGGUGGGGGGGCAGAUGUAUAUGCUGGGGGGCUGUGAUGCUGCAGGGAGGCCCUCCCCAGCCCUAGAACUCUACUCUCCAGAGGGGGACCGGUGGCUGAGCCUUCCCCCCAUGCUCACCCCUCGGGCGGGUACGGCCGUGGCAGUGCUGGGCAAGCAGAUCCUGGUGGUGGGUGGUGUAGGGGAUGACCAGCGCCCUCUGAAGGUGGUAGAGGUGUACAACACAGAGGAGGGGAGGUGGAGGAAGAGGAGCGCCCUCAGAGAAGCACUGAUGGGGGUGGCCAUCACUGUGAAAGAUGGGCGUGCGUUGGCGGUAGGGGGUAUGGGUGCAGACCUGCUCCCCCGUAGUUUGCUGCAGCAGUAUGACAUGAGGAAGGACGUGUGGGCACUACUGCCCCCUAUGCCCACAGCGCGGUAUGACGCUACCGCACACCUGCUGGGCAACAAGAUCUACGUGACAGGUGGGCGUCAGUGUAAACGCACGUUGAAGGUCUUCGAGGUAUACGACUUAGAGACACGCUCCUGGACUACACUACCCAACAUGCCGUGCAAACGUUCGUACGGGGGCAUGUUCUGGGACAGUUCGGGGAGGCUGUGUCUGCUGGGGGGGCUGAGGAAGGGAGGAGGCCACCAGAGCUCCAAAUUCACCAAGAACGUCAACAUCUUUGAUACUAACCAGGGGUCAUGGCUGAAGUCAGAGGACACGGUGGCCAUGAAGACUAAGAGGGCUGACUUCGCCUCAGCUUUCCUCAGGGGCAGGAUGGUUGUAGCAGGAGGACUCGGUCACCAGCCCUCAGUUCUGGACACGGUGGAAGCCUUCCACCCUCAGAAAAGGAAGUGGGAGAGACUGGCUCCUAUGGCAAUGCCACGAUGCUCCGCCUCCUCCAUCGUCAUCAGGGACCGCCUGCUGGUGGUUGGAGGAGUCAACCAGGUGCUGGAAUAUUGCUCUGCAUGUUGUCACACACAUACACUUGUUUUUUUAACUCUGUCUCUGUCUAUCUGUCUACAAGGUCCCUAGUUCAGCCCAUGAGAUCCUGUAUGUGAAAGAGGAGGAGUGUCUGUAGGCUAGACGACAUGCCCCUUACAUGAUGAUUGACAGCAGGAUGACAGCAAGAAGAUUCCAGGAACAUUCUAUUCAAGAUCAGUGGUUCCAGUGCUUUCAGAACGGCUGCUGGUCUUGGACAAGUGCAAUAUUUUCCAAAGAUCUACAGCAGAAUAGAAAAGAAGGGGAAGUCAUGCCACAAACAUAGAACAGUGCCCUCUGCUGGGUUGUCUACACACAAUCAAACACAGAAAAGUGCCCUCUGCUGGGUUGUCUACACACAUUCAAACACACA